AUGUCGAAGACUGUGAAGAGAAAAGUGGUCGCAAGUGGCCAGCAUUCACGCAAAAAGCAAAAGUCGUCCGACUCCACGGCGAACCUGGAAAAUGGCCAAGCGGGAUUUCGUCCUGAUUCGUUAAGAUGGAAACCCGUCCCAUUGCCAGCCCGGCUGGAAGAUGCCGAAGGGUUCUACGGGCUAGAAGAAAUCGAAGAUGUCGAAGUGGUUCGGGAUGAAACAGGCCAUCAAGUGACAUUUCGGCCUCGAUCAGCCGCAGCUCUGCUCGAUGAACCUAACGAGGAGGACGCUGGCGAAGAAUGGCAAGGGUUUGAGGACGAAGUUGUGAAAGGCGAUUCGCGCCCCGUGCCGGAGAGCAAAAGCGCUGCACCUAAAGCCUCGAAGCAGCCAGAGCAGGCGCUGGCUAGCGUCUCGAAGAAGUCAAAGUCUCAGCAGGAGGACGAUAUCGAUGCUGAUCUGGGUUUCGAUGUGCUACCAGACUCAACCGACGAUGGCAAGGCCGAUGUUUCGGCUUGGAAGGAUCUGGGGCUAUCGCCGAUAACACUGUCUCAACUUUCUCGUCUAGGCUUCUCAAAUCCUACGCCGAUUCAAAAAGCUGCGGUGCCGGUGAUUUUGCAGGGCCACGACGUGAUAGGGAAAGCGGUCACAGGGUCUGGCAAAACGUUGGCUUUCGGUAUCCCCAUUUUCGAGGCUUGGCUCGCGACGGAGAAUGCGGGAUUCAAGGGUCCGGCCAAGACCAAGGAUUCCCUCCUCGCCCUUAUCCUAGCACCGACAAGAGAACUUGCACUUCAGUUGAACAGACAUCUGAACGAACUGUGUAUUGGUUUGGAGAACGCUCCGAGAGUUUGUGCCGUGACUGGAGGAUUGUCGGUUUACAAGCAGCAGCGACAACUGUCGACUGCCGACAUUGUGGUUGCAACCCCGGGCCGAUUAUGGGAAGUCAUGAAUGAUUCAGCUACAAAUUACGAUACCGACGCCCUUGCGGAAAGGCUCAAGAAAAUUCAGUUCCUCGUUGUGGACGAAGCAGAUCGUCUGCUCAGCGAGGGACACUUCAAGGAAGUGGAAAGCAUUUUGGACGCAUUGGAUAGGGAGGUGAUUGACGAAGAUGCCCCAGAAGCCCCCUCCAAGGAGUCAACAAAGUCCCAUCGACAAACUUUGGUUUUCUCCGCCACCUUUCACAAGGGACUGCAGAAGAAACUCACCAGCAAGAACAAAUCAGGGUGGCGGCAGUCCACCGAACUGCUCGAUAAUCAGCAAUCGAUGGAAUAUCUGCUCCGCAAGCUGUCGUUCCGCGAAGAGAAACCUACAUUUGUGGAUGUCAACCCAGCUUCGCAGAUGGCCUCGGCGUUGUCGGAAUCUAUUGUGGAGUGUCCUGCCAAGAAGAAGGAUCUCUACCUUUACGCUCUGCUGCUGCAGAAUACCACGGCGAAGACAUUGGUCUUCACCAACAGCAUAUCUGCCGUCAGGAGAUUGACCUCCCUCUUGCAGACUUUGAAACAGCCAGCAGUAGGGUUGCACUCUACGAUGCCCCAGAAAUCGCGAUUACGUUCAUUGGAAAAGUUUGCUUCCCAGAGGACCGUGAUGGUCGCCACAGACGUGGCUGCCCGAGGUCUCGAUAUCAAAGGUAUCGACCUAGUCAUUCACUAUCAUGUUCCGAGAACCGCAGACAUGUACGUCCACCGAUCUGGAAGAACUGCUCGAGCCGAAAGCUCCGGACGGUCUAUCAUGCUCUGUUCGCCCGAGGAGGUGGCCGGUGUUACCAGGUUGAUCAUUGAGGUGCACAAGUCAGCUAAAGCGCCGGAAACGAUGGAGAUAGAUGGACGACUGUUGAAGCGGCUCGAAGAUCGAGUAGUGUUGGCCCAGAAGAUUACGGAUGCGACGCAGGCCAAAGAGAAGGCAGCUAGCAAGGACGAGUGGUUGAAGUCAGCAGCCGAGGAGCUUGGCGUGGAUUAUGACAGCGAAGAGUUUGAGAGUCUGGGUCAGAAAAACAAACGAGGUAGAGGGGGUGGGAAGGCAGCGAAAGAGAAGGAAAAGACUGCCAUCGGGAAAGAACAGAUUGCUGAGUGGAGAGCUGAACUGUCGAGCCUGUUGAAUAAACGGAUCAAUCUCGGAGUGAGUGAAAGAUAUCUGGCUGGGGGCGCGGUCGACAUGGAGGCAUUGCUGAACGGUAAGAUGGACGGGGCGUUUCUCGAGGGUCGGUGA